AUGUUCUACCUUCUCUGGCUCGAGCAGCAGCAUCCAGAGUUGGCGAAUCGGGUUUACGUUCAUAACACAUUCUUUUACGCAAGCUUAACCAAAGCUGCAAAGGGAAAGAGAGGGAUCAAUUAUGAAGCUGUUGAGAGAUGGACGGCAAAAGUCGAUCUUCUUUCUUAUGAUUAUAUUAUUGUGCCCGUCAACGAAAAUACUCAUUGGUAUGUGGCGAUCAUAUGCAAUGCACCCAAGCUUCUCGAUUUAGAGACCAAGGAGCAGUUGGAUUCAACGGAGAAGGAUGCGAAAUCUGAAAUGGAUGGAGAAAUAGAGUCCCCUGAAGAGAGCAAACCUCCGACGCCAUCUCGAUCGCCGCAGUCUAUCCCAACGAGAUCUCUAAACGAAAUGGACGAUAAUGGUGUUGACAGUAGUUUUAAAGGAUUGUCUUUGUCAAGCGGCGAGAAAACAAAAAACCCAUUGGAUAUCGUACCUGCUGAAAGUCUCUUUCGUAGCAAUGACGGAUUGCCCAUCAUCUCACCGGACGUUGAUCGUGGCAACGUCUCUGCAAACAAAGCUGCCAAAAACGUGAUUAAUCUAGCAGAGUCAAGCUCGCCAAUAGCAAGGCCAAAUUUUGGGACGAAGGGAAAGAGACUUCCCCCGACUCGCAAUUAUGACACAAAACAGCCUAGAAUCAUUACUUUUGAUUCACUUGCUCUAAGGCACGCUUCUACAUGUGCCAAUCUAAAGGAUUACAUUGUGGCGGAGAUAAAAUCGAAGAAAGGCAUCUCAAUUACACCCCCUAAAGUCCUUGGCAUGACAGCUAAAACACAAGCAAAAGACAGUGACACAGGAAGAUAUCCAGGAAAAGGUCUUCCUGAACAAGGCAACUUUUGUGAUUGCGGUGUGUACCUCCUAAGCUAUAUGGAGGAAUUCUUCGAACGUCCCGAUGACUUCAUCGAAGACAUCAUGGAGAACAAGUAUGAGGUUCGUGGCAAUCGGAAUAACACACCUGAAUUUCGCAAGAAGAUCCGAGAGCUUCUUCUCCAGCUACAAGCAGAACAAACCCGAGAGGCAAAUGCAGUCAAAAAGGCGAAAAUAGCCAAAAAGCGAAUAGGUAUUCCAUUAAUGACUAAGGACAAAGUUGAGCCCUCAGAAUGCCAGACAGCGUCUCUCCCUUUGAUAAGCAGUGAUAAACAGCCACUUGCUUCCACUGUCUCUACUGUCGCUGAACGUAGUAAUCAAGAAUCUUUGACAGAGGCUGCAAGAACUACCCCAAAAUCAUUACCAAGUUCAAGGGGAAAAGACGUCAUCAAUAUUGAAGAUAGUCAGGACAACCUUCAAGGAAAUUUUGAAGAGGAUUCUGCACCGAGUUUUAUCAAGGAGGCAGACCACAGGACAGCUGAAAAACAACUUAGAUCAAGGGGUCGUGAAAGAAAACCUCGUCAAACCACCUCAACUGGGGUAAGAUCCAGUCCUUCCAAGCCUGAUGUACCCAUCGAAAUUCGUGAUUCUUUCGAAGAUCAAGAAAGCACGCAGGAAAAUGAGGAUCACGAGUCUCAACAACAGAAGGGAAAGGAUGAUGUUAUUGAUCUCGAUAAAGAUGAGUCCCAUACCGGCAAGGUUGAGAUUGGACAAGACUCUCAAAGUGGUACACAGUGGUUCGGCAAUAUGGUGGGUAUGGUGGGAAAAUACUUGAACAGAUCGGCAGGCCAAACAGCCUCGAAAGACGAGGUUUCAGGGCCUACUUCUGCGCUCAAGUCUCCAGGACAGAAUAAACCUCAAGCAUUGAAAAGCUCGUCACGUGCUGGUAUGAAUUCACCUCGGCGAUCGGAAAAGGAUAUGAGACCGAGGCAGUCUGUUCCGGAAUUACGUUCACAAUCGCCAGAGCAAGUUGUGGUGGAUUUGACUGAAGAUGUUGCAGACCCGAUGCUCCGAGACCAGGAUAGUUCCCCCUUUCCAGACGUUCCACCAAUUACAUCUUCUCCGCUGAUGGCUGGUUCACAAGAACGCGAUAGAUCAAACGAUCAACCAUCUAUCAUGGCACCAUUUGGUCGGAAAAGUAAUACGUCGAGAGGGGAAGAUGGAGACAAAGCCUCAGAACGCUUUCGUCAUUCUGGUAUGGAGGGGUUUGUAAACAGUCAACUAUUGUCUGGACGAGAUCCUGUAGAGGCAGUGAUGGUUUCCCAGUUCAAGCACUGA